AAUGUCAUAUUGUCUAACCCCCUGAUAGCUGCAGAGAGAAAAGAAGAGAGGGACAUCACAUCAUGAUGAAGUUGCUUUGCGGUAUUACCUUGUUAUUAGCAAUAGCUCUUGCCUAUUACAUCUACAUCCCAUUGCCUAGGACAAUCUCAGAACCAUGGAAACUGAUGGUGUUGGAUGCCACAUUCAGAGGAGUUGUGAUGAUGGGAGAUGCUGCUCACUCGCUUGGUUUGAGGCACAGAGUCCACAUGAUCAAUUCUGCUAUUAUCAAUUUCGAAAGUCUGGUGCCAGUCACAAACGAAGAGAUCCAGAUUGAAGAUAUCCUGUUUGAGGGAGUCCAUGUUCGUGUAUAUCAGCCUCCCAGACAGGAUGGAAAGCUGAGGAGAGCAGUCAUGUUCAUCCAUGGAGGUGGAUGGGCCUUGGGCGCUCCAAAGUUGGGGUCAUAUGACAGUCUCUGCAGACAGAUGGCAGCUGAUCUGGAUGCAGUGGUUGUGACGGUGGAUUACCGCAUGGCUCCUGAUGUCCACUUCCCAGUACAGUACGAGGAGUGUGUGCAGGCCGCUAAACAUUUCCUGAGGCCAGAAGUGCUGACGAAGUAUUCGGUCAAUCCAGAGAGAGUGGCUGUGUGUGGAGACAGCGCUGGAGGAAACCUGGCCGCCGCAGUGGCUCAGCGGAUUGGAGCAGACAACACUACUACGGUGAAAUUCAAACUGCAGGUCUUGGUUUACCCAGUGCUUCAGGCGCUAGACUUCAACACAGCCUCCUAUCAGCAGAACCAGAAUGUUCCCAUCCUGUAUCGCAGGCUAAUGGCCCGUUUCUGGUUGGAGUACCUAGGCGCCGACCUUGACUUUGUGCCCUCCCUUAUAAUAAACAACCACACAGCCCAAGACCAAAACCUGAUGUCCAUGACCCAAUCAAAACUGGACUGGACUGCUCUCCUCCCCAAACGAGUGAGAAAAAAUUACAAGCCUGUGUUUCCAGCGACUGGCUCUCCCAAUAUCUUAAAGGACAUUCCAGCAUUACUGGAUGCCAGAGCUGCUCCGUUACUGGCGGAGGAUGAGGUUUUGCGUACGGCGCCGCCUGCUUACAUUAUGACCGGUGAGCAUGAUGUUUUGAGGGAUGAUGGGAUGAUGUACGCCCGCAGACUGGAGUUGGCAGGGGUCUCUGUCAUUAACAAACAUUACGAAGAUGGUUUUCAUGGCUGUGUGAGCUUUGCUUUCUGGCCCUGCUACUUCUCUGUGGGAAUACGAGCAGUGCAGAAUUAUAUCGCUUGGCUUGAUGAACAUUUGUAGUUAGAUUUAAAAUGUGUCUAUCAGGGAUUUCCACUUCACACACUGUGAUGCAAUUUUUUGCAACACGACAGAGGAUUUAUAUUGCACAUCGAGUAAAGAAAUUAAGUAUAUUACGCUCUGCUGUUGUAAAAGAAUUGUAUUAUGGCUUUAAAAUAAUGACUAACACAUUUAAGUGUAUUUUUUAAACUAAUGUACUAAGAACUAAACGAGGAACCACAAAGGAAUUUCUCUUGAACUUAUAUUAUGUUCUAACUCCAUUAACACACAAGUAUACGUACACUUGUUAUAUUCAGCAGUUUAAGUGGGUUUUUUUUUGUGCUUGUCAUUACUACCACCUCAAUAACAAAGCAUAAGUCAUAUAACCAUGCAUUUCAUUGUGGUAAUUAACAUUAACAUUGUGUUAACUGUCACUCCAAGGACCUGAAAUGAAUUUUAUCAUAUUUCUACUGUGAAAAACUGAGUGAAUAAAGCUGGAACAUGUAUUGAAGCUGUAAUAAAAGUUGAUAAAUA